CGGCGCCGCCGCCUGCGUCGUCCACGCACCUCCUUGGCGUGUCCAAGGUCGCCGCGUGGCAGGUUCCCUCGGACAAUGAAUGGCGCUUCGCGGAGGGCUUCCUGUUUUCGGCCGAAGACCACAAGGCGGAGCAGCUUCUCGGCAGGUACCGCCUCCUGGCGCCCCCCGCCCCGGCGGCGAGCGCGGCCGGCGGCGCCGGCACGUGA